AUGCAAUUAGGGUACUGGUACUUCUUCAACUCGUAUGAUGCUGAAAAUAUCAUAGUCCAGAAUCUCGAGUCAUUUUUCCAUCUGGCAUACCCCGAUAAUAACAUCAGCUGGGUCAGCAGCCUUGCCGCAAUAAACGGCACGCGCUCAUGGCUGACAGCCGGCAAGAAGGGUCCCCUUCCGCCGUGGCUCAGUGAACAGGACAAGGCCAGAUGGCUCGAGAUCAACGGUCGUAAAAACACCAUAGCGGCGUCACUGAACUACUACCGAUCGCUCAUGCGUGGGACACAAGCCCCCGAUGAAGAUCCGUUAACCGACGCAGAACGCACGCUUCGGGUGCCUGUAUUGGGCAUAUGCGGCGCCGAGGACAUGGUUACGAGGCCGGAUCAGAUUGGGCUUGGCAUCAGGCCAUACGCAAGCAAGGGCUAUACGGAAAAGCUGUUAAAGGGUGCCGGGCAUUGGGUCAUGUUAGAAAGGAGUAAGGAGGUCAGCAAUGCUCUGCUUGAAUUUGUCGCAAAUGAUGAGAUUUUUGUGCCACUUGAUCCAUCAAGUAUUGACUCUAAUAAGCUAAGAACCUAG